GAGUCACUUGUGAAAAAUCAGUCAUCGCGAGCAGUUCGACUAAGGAAAACCCGCUGGCACCACAAACCGUAACCACUUAUCAAACAAAAACAAAUAACAGCUGGCCAGCAACGCGAAGCGCGUGUGCAAAACGAAACGAGAAAACAUACACACAAAAAAAAGCACAAGAUAUAAGAGAUACACAAAAAGAGAAGCAGUGGAAAAUUUUGGGCACCAAACACAGCCGAAGCUUUUACGUCAAACUAAACCCCUCCAAAAAGAAAUCACAACGUGUUCGCCGGUCACGAUGAGCGGUUCCGUAUUGAGUUUGGCGCGUCCUGCAGCAGCCACAAAUGGCCAUAAUCUGCUGGCCAAGCAGCUGAAUUGCAAUGGCAAUGGCACCACCGGUGGGGCGGCCAAAACCACUGUGGCCUCGGCCAUAACGCCGCCCAAACAGCCACAAUUGGCGGCCAAGGUCAUCCAGCAGUCGCAGAUCGUCUGUUUCGAUGUGGACUCCACGGUGAUUUGCGAGGAGGGCAUCGACGAACUGGCCGAAUAUUGCGGCAAGGGUAGCGAGGUGGCCCGCGUCACCAAGGAGGCGAUGGGCGGUGCCAUGACCUUCCAGGAUGCCCUCAAAAUCCGCUUGAACAUCAUCAGGCCCACACAGCAGCAAGUGAAGGAUUUCAUUCAAGAGCGACCCAGUACACUGAGCAAAAACGUCAAGCGUUUCGUGAGCCACUUGAAGGCGGAGGGCAAACAGGUUUAUUUGAUAUCCGGUGGAUUCGAUUGCCUAAUUGCGCCCGUGGCAAAUGAAUUGGGUAUUCCCCUGAAAAACGUCUAUGCCAACAAGAUGCUCUUUGAUUAUCUGGGCGAAUACGAUAGCUUUGAUAUCAGCCAGCCGACAUCGCGUUCCGGCGGAAAGGCAGAGGCCAUCGCCCUGAUAAGGAAGGAGAAUAACGACGAUGCCCUAAUCACCAUGAUCGGCGAUGGAGCCACCGAUCUGGAGGCCGUACCGCCAGCCAACUACUUUAUAGGUUUCGGUGGCAAUGUCGUGCGACCGGAGGUCUAUCGCCGGGCCCAGUAUUACGUAACGGACUUUGAGCAGCUGAUGGGGCAGUGAGAUACGUAUACGUAAGACGGUGGGGGGGGUGGCGAAUUUAGUAUUUGAAAUCAACGUGUUAUAGCUCAUAGUGAUGCACAGCUUUUUGUCCAAGUAUGUGUGUAAUAAUAUGUACGUUAGUUCGUAGGCAAACAAGAAUAAAAAGCGAUAGUAAAAUAAUGGAAAACGAACAAGUGAAAUCAACUUUGUUACUGUUAACUUUACAGAAAAUGUUAAGCGCGCACGAAGCAGCAGAAGUUGUAAAAAUACAGGGUGCGCCUUUAUGUUAAUGAACAGUUCAGGCUUAAGCAUUCAACUGUAAGCAAGUUACAUUUAGAAUAAAGAAAUUUCAUGCACAUAAAAAAUAUUA